UGGAAAUAUUCACUGUUUAUGAAAAACCCGAAGGAACGAGCGGGAAUUCUGUCGCGUCUCUUUUUCUCCUGGAUGAACAACUUUAUGAAUAUCGGCAGCAAACGGGUUCUGGAACACAGUGACCUUUAUCCCCUUCUGGACGAAGACAAAUGCAGAGGUCUGACAGAAAAGCUGGAACAAACAUGGCACGAGGAAAUACGAAACUCGCACAUCAAGGGACGAAAGGCGCGACUUUCCAGAGCAAUGAUGAGAGUUUUACCGUGGGGCGAUUACGCCCUUGCAGGUCUGUCUCUUUUUAUCGCCGUGGCUUGUAAUAUUCUACAGCCUCUAUUACUUGGUCUUCUUUUAUCGUCAAUGUUGCAUCUUGGAAAUAUGCGAUACGACCGCUGGCUUUGUUUGUUUGCUGGUGGGCUUUGUUGCAGUGCUUUGUUUCACGUGUUGGCACUGAAUCAGUAUCAGAGCAAGGUGGACUACAUGGGCAUGCGCUGGAGGGCAGCUGCCAUUGGUAUCGUUUACAAGAAGAUUUUCAAGUUACGGCUCAAAGAUCUCACGCGGGUCCAACCUGGUCACAUCAUCGCUUUGGUUACCCAUGAUGCUCAGCGCCUGGAUCAAAAUUUUCAUAAAGUGGGAUACAUUCUGCAGGGGCUGGUAGAGCUUGUCACCGUGACGGCCCUGCUCUGGCGCCUUGUUGGUUUUCAAGCUGUAUCCGGUAUCAUUUUCUUAAUCUUCCUCCUGGCCUAUUACAUCGGUAUGUGGGACGUGUGUAUGAAAUUGCGCUUGCGCAUUGCGCGUUGGACUGAGCGGAGAAUGGGGAUUAUGAAACACAUUGUCAACGGAAUCCGUGCGAUCAAGAUGAACACGUGGGAAUGGCCGUACAAGAGGAAAGUCGAAGAAAUACGAAGGAAGGAACUACAGUAUGUCCGACAAAAGAGUGCCAUCCUAUCAACGUUUGCGACCUUCCUACACACAAGCUCCAUUGUGGCAUGUUUUAUAUCGCUAACAGUUCUCAUCAUCACAGGAGCGGAGUUAACCACUUACAGCAUCUUCAUGGUCCUUGCACUGAUAAGGACAAUCCGUUUGUCUGCCUCAUCAAAGUUUGCCGCUGGUGUCAAUUUUAUCGGUGCUGUAACAGGAUCUCUUGGGAGAAUUCAAACAUUUCUGGAGCUCGAGGAAUCCUAUGAGCCUGUACUGAUAAAGCAGCGGUCUCUUGAUGCACCCGACGAUCCAUCCGACGAUAUCCACGUGACCUUUGAAAAUGUGUCUUGUCAUUGGGGAGGCGGAAAUAAGUCUGUUGUUCUGAGGAACAUUACGUUCAGGGCGUCUAGCAAGGAGCUGACCUUAAUCAAUGGUCCCGGGGGGUGCGGAAAAUCCUCCCUGCUUGCAGCUAUCCUCGGGGAACUCCCUCCAUCUGAAGGAUACAUCUCCUGUAUUGGAAAGAUUGCGUAUGUGUCCCAAACACCUUGGAUUUUCUCCAACACUCUUCGUCAAAACAUAUUGUUCGGUAAACCGUAUAAUCCAUUUAGAUAUCAGGCCAUAGUGAAUGCGUGCAACUUACAGAAGGACAUUGACAAGCUUUCGGAUGGCGACUUGACUUUUGUUGGGAGUAACGGCCUCAGUUUGACGGAUGAUCAGAAAGCUCGCAUGGCAAUUGCAAGGGCAGCAUAUUCAGACGCCGAUAUUUAUCUGUUGGACGACCCCUUUGCUCCUGUCGAUGCGAGAGUCGCUGAGCAGGUGUUUGGAAAAUGUGUGUGUGGGCUGCUUUCAAAAAGAAUACGAAUUCUAGCGAGCCGCCAGUUACAAUACGUUGAGCGAGCGGAUCAAAUUCUGACCAUGCGCGCUGGGACGAUUGUAAACGAAGUGACGUCACAGGUGAUGGGAUACCGGUCCGUGAAGCUCCACUCGCCCGGGGAAUCGCGUGAGAGGGAGAGGAAAUGUCCCAGUAAUAAGACGGUUGAAUUUUCAAUCGGCGAGGAAAUUCAGGAAAAGUAUCGCACUCGUUCGAAUCUGUUUGAAGAAGAAGAAAUGAUGGGGCCAGUGUCAUGUACAGUUCUGUGGAAUUAUCUCAGAACUGGUGCCUGUCUUCCAUUCAUCGUUAUAUUUGCCAUGUUUACCUUCGCCGUUCAAGGAGCCGUUCUCAUCCCGGACAUGUGGCUACUGCGCAUGAGUGAGUCUGCUGUUCUGUUGAACUUGGAUCAGACCAGUUGGUAUAUUUAUGCCGCUAUGGUGGGCGGAGUAUUCAUGCUGUCAAUCAUGCGUGCUUCACUUUUUUUCGCCACCACCUUACGUUCGUCCGAACGCCUCCACCAGAACAUGGUAGUCUCUAUUCUCCGUGCUCCAGUCUCAUUUUUUGACACUAAUUCAUCCCCUAGCAUUUUGAACCGCUUCUCAAAAGACAUUGGAUGCAUGGAUGAACUUUUGCCAAGUGUAUUUCUGCGCGCCAUUCAAAUAACGCUAUUCGCUAUCUCAGCCUUUCUUCUGCCAGUGAUACUCAAUCCGUGCGUGCUUUUAGGUGGAAUACCGCUCUUCGUUAUGUUUCUCUUAUUAUGGGGUUUCUCACUCAAGACCGCGCGUCAAGUUAGAAGACUGGAGAUCAGCUCUCGAAAGCCAGUGGUAUCCCAUUUCUCGGAGACACUGAUGGGCCUAGUGACGAUCAGGACUCACAGUAUGCAGAUGUCAUUUACAGAGGACUUUUAUGGUUACCAGGACUCUCACAGUCAAGGAUGGUGCAUGACAACCUCAUGUUGGAGCUGGAUCGGGUUCCGCCUCGACUCAGUGUGUGUACUCUUCAUUGUCUCAGUGGCUGCUGGAGCGUUUUACGUGAAGCUGGAUGCAGCCAUUACCAUUCUGUCCCUGAUCUAUACUCUUCAGUUGUUAAAUGAUGUGUCGCAGAAUGGCGUCAAACGCUGCUUUGAAGUGGAAAAUUAUAUGAGUGCUGUUCAUCGUAACUUGGCCUGCGCUGAAAUUGUACCAGAACCUGGGUACGCCAUGGAGAUCCAACCUCCGGUGCCGUGGCCAAAAGACGGCGCAAUCAGCUUCGAAAACGUUUCCUUGAGCUACACUCGAGAGGGGUCCAGGGUGUUAAAAGAAAUCUCUUUUACUGUGUACCCUGGGGAGAGGUUUGGCAUCGCAGGACGGCCGGGUGCUGGAAAGUCAUCUAUCAUAAAUGCACUGUUCCGAAUGGUUCCAGACUGUGCAGGUAAGAUAAUGAUUGACGAUGUCAAAAUCAACAGCCUUAACCUUCAAGCGAGUAGGCGUGGCAUAUCAGUCAUCACCAAAGAGCCAAUCCUUUUCAUGGGCACACUGCGCAUGAACGUAGAUCCAUUCCUUAGUCAUACUGAGAGGGAGAUCUGGGAAGUGCUUGAGAAAUGUCAUCUGAAGUCCUGGGUCGAGAGCCUUCCCAAACAGUUGCACCAGGACCUCGUGGACUGUGGAUCUUCCCUGGGUCCAAGUGAGCGCCAUCUCAUCUCCUUUGCUCGUGCGCUUCUUCAGAAAAACAAAGUCGUUGUAAUAGACGAGGCGUCGUCCACCGUGGAUUACAGAACCGAUCGCCUCAUUCAGGAAGUUAUUCGAAGUUGGUUCCUUGACAGCACUGUAAUUACAAUUCCUCAUCGUCUGAGCACAAUUAUUGAUUACGAUCGCGUUAUGGUGCUUGACCGGGGAAAAAUCGUAGAACUGGACAAACCGGAAGUGUUGUUAAAGAAGGAUGCAGGCUAUUUUGCGCAUUUGUAUGGAAAUCAAUGUCCAUCAUAAUAAACUAAUAACUUCUGGCCUUGUUCGCCGACCUCCUGCGUUUAUCUACACGAGUGGGACUUGGAUACGAAACUAUAAUGAGUUCUAUAUCGUCCCACAGUAAAGAUUUUGAACAGUGAUAAGUUUACUAAGGGAAAAUUUUGAAAGUGCUACGAUUUUAACCCUCUUUAAAAGCCUCAUUUAGUUGCAUACGAACGAAUUCUGUGAUCAAAAAUCCAAAUAACUUAAUUAGUCAUGUAUCAGGUUGUUUCCCUUUAACUCUUUAAUUCCCACCAUCUGAUUGCAUGUGAAUUCUCCCCUCUAGCUGCUACACUUGUAAAUUAGUUACGAGAAUUUGAUGUUUGAUCAA